AUUACUCUAUGUUGAGAGCAGCGCCUGCGACCGCUUUCCAUGCGCGAGCUCACCGCGCUAACAUAACGGGGCCGGCCGCCGAGUUAAUCGCAUGUGUCGCGACUCGCGCUUCCUACAAACAAACCCGCGCUUGUGAUAAACACGUGACAAAAUAUGAAAAAUCAGUGAACGAGUGCUGUGUAAGAAACUGGAUUACUUAAAAAUAUUUUGUAAACAACAAUAGCCGUUGAGGUUACAGUGUCGGAUUACGGGGCAGCUCUCAACCACUGAGCGAUUUAGCGCUAAGAUGCAGUACACGGUAUAGCAGUCCACAGGCGGCAUGGGGCAGGCGGGUAGCGCUCCACACGCGACCCUCCAUGCGCGUCGCUCCAAUACACUCCCGCACGAGCCGCCUAGACAUGCUCCUAAGGUGUUGCCGGCCCCUCCGCAGCUAGCUUGUCUCCGAAGUACUGACAAUGGAGCUAUACUGCAUUCAGGAGGAACCAUCAGCGGUCGGAGACCUCUCUCCCUGAUGCAUCCUCAUGACGCAAGCAAGCACACAGGUGUAUAUCGGUCUCGAUCCACUGGGACUGGUGGAGACGGGAAUGAACUUCGAUCCAGGGAACGAGAUCCACUCCACCGGUCACACACAAAUUUGGACUUACGACAGAAUGACGGUACAAGUCUAAAUAAAAGAUUCGGAUCAGAACCUGAUCUCCGAAUAGAGGAAGAGCAACAAAAAUCAAAGAACAACAACAAUAAACAUUUCAAAAAGAAAUACCGAGCACCCCCACCUCCUAACACUGAUCAUUUCGAAGGUUCUUCACCGGACUCGAGUGACGUAAACGUGAGAGCGGAACCUCAAAGAAAAUUAAGAUUAUUUAAAACGAGAAGCGAAACCAAAAAGCUUAACGGCCUAGAUAGUAACCUAAAUUAUAGAAUCAACGAAUAUAAGUCAUUAGACUUGAGUGACAACCAAUUUGAAAGACGAUACAAGUCACCUCAUAAAGACAAAGAGCCUCACUUUAAAUAUCCUGACAAUAGGGAUAUGCUCCAGACCUCUGCUUCUCUGAAGAGAGAGGAACGAUUACUCCAAAUUAGACAAGAUUACAAGAAACCCAGAAUAGACAGGGUGAGUGGAUGCAGAGCGAAGACAUCCAAGACCAAUGAACACAACGAAGCCUGGAAAACUCCGCUCUUAAGCAGGAACUUUCGACACUCAGAAAGGUUUACAAAAGAUGAAAAUGAUGUACCAGUUCUUAGAAGAGAAAAGACUUUUGAUGAAACCAUCCUAACGAACGAAACAGAUAACGAAUCACCUAAAGCUUUGCACGAAAUGAGAAUGAAAGCUAUCGGGGAACAACUCAAAAGUCAAUUGAGUCCACUGUCACAAAGAAACCAACCACUGAGAAAAUCUCUUCCUUCACUAUUAGUAAAAAAUAAUGAAGAAAAAGAUGAAUUUCAAGCUGAACUUAAAAAAGCAACCAGUAGAAUUAGGAACGACAUAAGCAAUAGAAAUAAUAACGAUAUUAAAGCUAGUCAUAUUGAGAAAUCGGUCAACAAACAGAAAGAACUACCAUCUAACAAAGUCAAAGAAUCUAGUCUUAAUAACAAAAAUAUAGAUUCGAAAAUAAGUAGAAGACCUCUGACCAGAAAUGAGAUUAAACCCAAAGUGAACAGUAACCAUAUUGGUGUCGGUAAAUUUAAUGGCAAAGGCCUUCCUGAUAGAGGACAAGCUUCGGGAAAAGAGUCGACCCCAGAGCAUUCUCCGACACGAAAGACUGAUGCAGCUAAUCAAAAUAAAUCUGAAAAAGACAAGCCACACGCGCCAUCAAAGCAGUUCUACUUCGGAAUGAUUGAGAACAAGAAGACGGAAAAAAAAGACAACCUAAAAGACUUCCCAGGGCUGGGCAGCCCGAUAAUCGAAGAGUUUGCAGACUUCCACCUCAUCGAACAGAAGCUGUUUAACUAUCGCGAUGAAGACGCCGAAAUAGACAAGUUCAAAUCCCAGUUAAAGGAUGAUCGUAAAAUUAUAAAAAAUUUAUCAUCAGAAUCAGCAUUAUCCUCCAACGGCUCUGAAGGUGACGGAUCAGAUGGGUCAUUAGGUAUCGCGGUAAGACUGCGCCCAACGCUACCAAAGAAACAGCCGACGAUGCCCAGGUUCUCGCCUGCCGCUGCCUGGAAACAACUAGCCAGUUUGGACACUCAUUUUGCCGCCGAAUCACAACCAGUGUCUCUGGCGAUUGAGACGAAAAUGGCCGUGGAUGUGUCUGCAGAGUCCUCCCCCCGGUCUGAGCCCUCCGGGGAUAAAUCCGGUGAUUCUGGGAUAUCUGGUGACCACGGACAUAUAGAUAGAAGAAUGGAUUCCCCUCCUAGACAUCAUAACACAGAAGCUGUCCCUGCUUGGACUCCUCAGCAGGACCUGGGCGAGAGCAGUUCCGAGGGUGGUCCUCCAGAGGCUGUCCCGGACGCUCCCUCCACGUACCGUCUCGGCACUCAGCCCUUCAGCCUCUCCCUCCCAAGGGACUCGCAUGUCACGUUUAAAGCGAUGUCGUGUUUCUACGAAUGCUUCCAGGGCAAACAGAUCCAGCAGGGGUUCAAUAGCCUCCAAAAGUUCAGGAAGUCGGUCACGGGGGCCUUAGGAGCGGCUUUAGGUUCGAGAAGAUUCGAUUUAGAGCACGAACCCAUGCUAGAAGAACCUGAACAGAAUUGGUUCUUGACGAAAUCGGCACCGAAUUCACUGUCAAAUCCUUUGUUGUAUCAGCCACCGAUGAAAGCUAAAGGUUCCGGAGAAGAGGACAUCAAGGAGGAGUCAUCGCCACCAUCAGAAAAGGGCGAUAUAUCACCUUGGAGACCUGGUGCUUCAUACCUCUCGUGGGGCGGUCACGUCAUGUACCUACCUCCACCACCAGCCGCCGAACAGCCUCUAUCUAUGAUUGGACCUAUUGCAAGACCUGUGAGGAGUAAAUCUAGUGGUUGCAUGGAAGCAGCGGCCAGGGCAGCCCGCGGGGGGCUCGGCGGCGAGAUGCGAGAACGAGAAAGAUCUGCGUCGCCCGGGGUAGCACGCGCCCUCCCAGCUAGAGUCGAACCAACCACUAAAUCAUCAAAUCAACAAGGUCGAGCGAAGAGGUUCACCUUCCAAUCUACAGUGCGACAGCUGGAGCGAAAGAAGCUUGCCGAGAAGUUGUCCAAAGAAGCUGACCUCAAGGAGCAACAGAGAAGAACCGAACUGGAGGCCAUGCGGAGGGUAGAAGAAGAGUUCCAACGUAAGCGUGCGAGGGAGAAGGCGAAUAUCAGACAACAGCUCCGGCUGGUGAGCAGUGGAGCCGCCAGCAUGCCCACCACCACCCCACACUCUAAAGCACGCGACGAGCCGGACGGUUCCUGUCGGGAUUCUCCUGCCGCGGAGAGGUCCCGGGACUCGCGCCAGAGACACAGCAAUGCUUCCUCGGAAAUCAGCGCCAGGAGCAAGAGUACCACUCCCAUCCGUUGCGUGGAGUUGUCGGAAUGGCGCACAGAGCGUGCGGGUCGGGUCUACCGGGACUGGGCCGCCGCGCAGGCGCACGACCACCCGCCCGCCACCGCUCGCAUGCCGAAGUCUACUCAAGCACUCUACAACGCCGCGGAGACGGAAGCGUUUAGCGGCAGCCCGCGCUCCGACAACUACAGGCUUGAGUUCGCGCGCGGCCGUUCACCCCGCACGCCCCGCGCCCCCCGCCUCGUCGCCGCCGGCCGCACCCCCUCCUCCUCGGGGUCCGAACUCUCGCUCAGACAACCCAUCAAAAUCAGCGAUACUACGAAAGAAGAUUCUGAAGAGCCUGCUAUAGUGCCUACGCUUCGUCCAUCGGUGCCCGCGCGUGCCUCUGUCGCUAUCCGCUGAGCACAUACGGCACAAUCAAAAGCCUUGAUGGAAGAAUAAUUCUUAUUUUAAACUUAAAACUUUUAUUGGAACAUUUAAACUAAAACUGACUUUGUAAUAGUGAAAAAUAAGAGUGCUUUUAGCAGUACAUUUCACAGACGUCAUGAUGUGUCGAGCCAACUUAACUGUCUAUGAGCCAAUUAAAAUAUUCAUGAAAAGGAUUAAUUUCGUUGAAUUAUAAAAAAAUAUGCUUUAAUCGGUUUCUUGCGAUUAUAAUUCUGUUAGUAAUUGUAGUAAAGUCAAAUGUAAAAAGAAAAUUAUUUAAAAAGUACCUUAGAAACUUAAAAUAUUACUAAAGAAACUCCGACACGCAAAUAAAAAAGCCAACUGAUUUACUCGAACAUGCUAUUUGUCAUAACCACGAAAUGUGUCCAACUAACGAUUUGAGAACGUUAAACCUGAUACGAACAUGUCACGCUAUCCUCUGGUCAGCUGUUUGUGUUGCAAAUCUAUCAAAACGUUUUAGUUCUAACUAAAAACACAUUAAGGACAAUUUCUGACGUUUAAUAGUCGAAUACUCUACAGUAUUCUUUUAUAUUCUUUGAGAACAAACCAUUGUUGUCCGAUAAAUUUCACAUAUACGCCAUUAUGGAACCAAUAAACAAUAGGUUAUAUUUCAUAUUAUGUUAUAAUAUGAUCUAUUGUCGUUAUAAAAAAGUGUGUUCAGCAACACUCAUAGCGGGCCUGUUUUACUACGGCUGAUAUAGGCUACAAAAGUUAAAAACGUUUCCCCGCCAAUUUUUGACACAACGCGCUAAAAUAAAACAUGGCGGUCAAAACCAUAAACAAUAAAGGUAGUUGUAUAUUUUAAAAUGUAUGUAUGUAUGUAAGCGUAUAGUUUUAUAUCUUGAUGUAUUGACUCCGAAGAGUGCUUUAAUGUUAUAAGAAUAUAGUUUUUUAUUAAGGAAAAAUGUAAAGGAAUCUUAAUUUUAUAGAUAAGUUUAAAAAGUCUUCCAAUUAUCUUAAAUAUCCGAGCUUUAAUAUAGUCUUAAAUAGAGUGCAGUGGUGCUAUUCUUAAUACAUAUUAGACCAAGAAUAAUAUUAUUGUAUGUUUAAAUAAAUUACGUUAAUAAUUAUACGAUAUAUCGAAAGAUGAAAUAUGACUUGUUUUAAACGAAAUUUUAUGUGUUUUACAAGAGAGCCCGGAACAUUAAAAAUUCAAUUAUUAAGACGUAACAAAUGGUUUCUGACACUUGUUAACUCUUAUUGUAAUACUUGAUGGAUUGUUUAAAGUGCUCUCUUAUCUUUGACAUUUUAAAGCAAAUAGAGUAUUCAUCGAUAUUUUGGAUAAUAUAUAAAUUAAAAAUAUGCUUAUGUAAAAAAUGAAAAAAUAUAUUUAAGAACUUU